AUGAGCCACAACGCUGCAGAAAUGGAUAUUCAGAUUGAAACAGAGAGGAUUGAAAGGGAAAGGAAGUGGGAGCAGUACUCAAUUCCCCGAAUGACUCAGAUCGUUCCUGGUCUCGUUCUUGGAAAUGUCCAGUCAUCGUGGAACAUCAAAAUGCUUAUGGACAACCGUAUCAAAGCAAUCGUCUCUCUUUCUGAUGGCCCGUGGGCAUUGUGGAGGUCUCACACAAGAAGGGCAGUUCCAGAAGAUCAUCACAAAUGGGUUCAAGCCGCAGACUCGCCAACGCAAGACCUCCUUAAGUACAUGCGUGAUAUCUGCGAUUUUAUCGACCAGCUCGCAUCUCCUGAACUCUCUUCAUUGGCCUCCUUACCUGUUGAUGCCCAGCACAUAACGGACGAUAAGCCAGAGGCGAUCAUGAUCCACUGUGACCUCGGCAUCUCACGCUCACCAACGGUCGUCAUUGCCUAUCUUAUGUGCAAAUUGCACAUUCCCCAAACGGAGGCAUUGGAGUUUGUGAGAAUGAAACAAACGCCAAUACGAGUCAGACCAAGCACAAAUUUUGCCCGUCAACUUCAAGUAUGGGACGAGGUCGGAUAUCAAGUAUGGGCAGACGAAGAGAAGACUGUUCCGAAGGCGCCAUAUAAAGCGUAUCUGGAGCAUCGGGCUGUCCUCCUGGAAAAGUCGGGGCUUACUGGGAACGAGCCACUUGCACCUUUGUCCCUUUGA